AGCGAGCGUGCGAGAGAGAGAGAGAGAGAUAGAAGUGUUACUAUAGCCACGGCCACUGGAUCGCUGACCGCCAGUGGAGGAUAAUAUCCAUCCCUCGCUCUCUGGACUGUCACUAAGAUGUAAUUUGCAGAGCUCCCAUUGUUGCCGCGGCGACUUCCUUUCAUCCAUUUCCUUUUUCCUCCCUUCCCUUCUUUUUUUUGUUUUAUCUGUUCUCCAGUCUCUCUCCACUCUCUCUUUUAGUGUCUCUCUACCUUUUUUAUUUUUCUUCCUUUUUUUUCCUGCUGCUGCUGCCGGAUUUUUUUUUUCUGUCCUUCGCCUUGUGCUGUCUCUCGGAAAGGAGGGAUUUGUGAACAUAGACGAUUCUCUGCUGCAGCAAGACAUGAGUCUCUGGGGAUGAUGCCUUUGCCGUUGGUGCCACCCUCCCUGUCGCCAUGACGAUGCCACUCAGCCCCCUGUCCAGUGACGAGGAGCAACAGAGGAUGCUGGGAAACAGUCAACACCUUUAUCCAGGGGCGGAAGAGGAAGAGGAGGACGAGGAGGAAGAGGAGGAGUUAGAUGAUGAGUAUCAGGAUGAGGAAGGGCAGGAGGAGGAGAACGGGGAGCUUGAUGGAGAGGAGGAAGAGGAGGAGGAAGAGGAGGAUGUAAGAAGAGGAGGAGGAGGAGGAGGAGGAGGGCAUCUAGGGGGCAGGGAUGAGGGGCACAGGCAGAAAGGCACCAUGGCAGGACGUCCAGCAGCAGAGCGACAGAUCCGAGGGGGAAACCCCGGUCACACCACCAACCCCUACUCAUCUAACCCCGGCCCCGCCCACCAACCCACGGCCAAUCAGCAGCAGCCGAAACGCAUCAGAGAGAGGAGCUCCAGCUCCGCCCCUGAUGACACACACAUCGCCAUGAUGGUGUUUCGCAUCGGCAUCCCUGACAUCAAACAGACGAAGUGCUUGCGGUUUAACCCUGAAGCCACUGUAUGGAAGGCAAAGCAGCAGGUGCUGUGCAGUCUGACCGAGUCUUUACGGGACGUCCUGAAUUACGGUCUCUUCCAGCCGGCCACUGACGGGCACGACGCCAAGUUCCUGGAAGAGGAGAGGCCACUCCGGGAUUACCCACAGUCCUUUGAGAAAGGGGUGCCCUACUUGGAGUUUCGAUACAAAACCAGAGUAUACAAGCAGACCAACCUCGAUGAGAAGCAACUUGCCAAGCUGCACACCAAGGCCAGUCUGAAGAAGUUCAUGGACUACAUCCAGACUGGAUCUGUAGAGAAGGUGGCCAAGUUUCUUGACAAAGGCCUCGACCCCAACUAUCAUGACCCCGACACAGGAGAGACCCCCCUCACGCUCGCAGUGCAGUGUGAACCAGGGGCUGGGGAGGUGAUCAGAGUCUUGGUGAUGGGCGGAGCUCAUAUCGACUUCAGGGCCAAAGAUGGCCUCACAUCUCUGCACAAGGCCGUCCGAGCUCAUGCACACACCGCCCUGCUGACUCUGCUGUCUCUCGGGGCAUCUCCGGACUACAAGGACCGCCGUGGGCUGACGCCGCUUUACCACACUGUGCUGACAGGGGGCGACACCUCCUGCUGUGAAACCCUCCUCUAUCACAGGGCCAAGCUGGGCCUCCGAGAUGAAAAUGGCUGGGACGAGACCCAUCAGGCCUGUCAGAAUGGCAACUCGCAGCAUCUGGAGCACCUCCUUUUCUACGGCGCCGACUCCACAUCCCAGAACGCCUCAGGAAACACUGCCUUGCACAUCUGUGCUUUAUACAACAAGGAGAGCUGUGCGCGCAUCCUGCUCUAUAGAGGAGCUAAAAAGGACACAAAGAACAACAGUGGCCAGACACCCUUCCAGGUGGCUGUGAUGUCUGGCCAUUUUGAGCUAGGAGAGAUCAUCAAAAACCAUCGGGAUUCAGACGUAGUGCCGUUUCUGGAGUCACCCAAGUACGCCCCCCAGAGGCGGGAGAGUGGACGAACACUUGCUUUACCACAUCCGCACCCAUUCCUAAGAGCCAACAGUGAUAACAGCAUGAACCUACCUGAGUGGAUGGCCUUCCCUAAUGCUGCUGGCUCUAACAUCGUCUCUGUGCAGGGCCUGAAACAUGGCGGGACACUGCGCAGCUCCAGCAGUCCCCGUGGUGCCAGGACCCGCUCCCCGUCCCGCGGACGAACAGGAGACAGAGAAGAUCGCAGUCGGCAGACUCGCGGGAGACAGGGGCCCGGCUCUAUCAGCAGUCAGGGUACGGCCCCGGGGCAGCGGAGGCGUCUGUACAGCGCUGUACCAGGACGAGUGUUUGUUGCCACGCGCUCACACUCCGCCCAGGGAGAGCGUGAGAUCAGCUUCAACAAAGGAGACAAAGUCAAAGUGCUGAGCAUCGGUGAGGGGGGAUACUGGGAGGGAACAGUGCGCGGCAGGACAGGCUGGUUUCCCUCAGACUGUGUGGAGGAGAUAGCCCCCCGCAGCCUGGACCACCGCUCAGAGAGCCGGAGCGAGAAAGCCAAGCGGCUCUUCCGCCAUUAUACUGUGGGAUCCUACGACAGCUUUGACGCACCCAGUGACUACAUAAUCAAGGAGAAAACAGUGCUCCUGCAGAAAAAAGACAGCGAGGGUUUUGGCUUUGUGCUGAGAGGGGCCAAGGCCCAGACCCCUAUAGAAGAGUUCACACCCACCCCAGCCUUUCCAGCACUGCAGUACCUUGAGUCUGUCGACGAGGGAGGCGUGGCCUGGAGAGCUGGACUAAGAAUGGGUGACUUCCUGAUUGAGGUGAACGGUCAGAAUGUGGUGAAGGUCGGGCACAGACAGGUGGUCAACAUGAUCCGGCAAGGUGGCAACAGUCUCAUGGUCAAGGUAGUCAUGGUGACCCGGAAUCCCGACAUGGAGGAGGGGUCGAGAAAGAAAAUCCCACAGCAGAGUAAGAGGCUGAGCACGCCGGCCAUUGCACUGCGAUCCAAGUCCAUGACCUCAGAACUGGAAGAGAUGGUCGACAGAGCUUCAGCCCCAUGGAAAAAAAAAUCAGAGUUCGAAUCCUCACAAGCUACAGAGAAGAAGAGGACAGUCUAUCAGAUGGCUCUGAAUAAACUGGAUGAGAUUUUAGCCGCAGCACAGCAGACCAUCAGUACCAACGAGACACCAGUGCCACGGACUCAGGGGGUGAAGCGGGAGAGAGGCCGAGGCUUUUAUAAUGAGCAAAAUUUUGACCAAUCAGGGAUGGGAUUGACGUCAUCUGGGGCAGGGUUGGGAUUCGACCGUGGCCCAUUUGUCUCUGGCCACGCUCCCCAGCACGGUAUGCUGCGACAGAAGUCCAUCGGGGUUCCAGAGGAGGAGAAGCAAUUUCUUCAUCCUCCAGCCAUGAAGUUUGCACGAAGCCUCUCAGUCCCUGGCCCAGAUGACAUUCCCCCUCCCCCCACCACGGCACCCCCUGAUCCUCCUUUCUCCUCAGCACCCCCUCUUGGCUGGAGGGGAAAGACAUCCCAACAACCCUCAGUAUCAGUUUCCCAGUCUACCUCCACCUCGAGCCACUAUCAGCUUUACUCUCAGUCAUCUCACUUUGCUCAUGGACCCAGAGAUAGGUCGCCUGGACCCCCUACAAGCUCUGCAGCAGCAGACCAUGCAACUUCUUACUCCCAUGCCCAGUCUCACUCCUCUGUCCCCAGUAGGACUGCCUCCAGGAAAGUGGUGGGUUACACAGGAGAUUCAGCGUCGGCUGGAGGUGCAGCAGGAGCACGAUCGGCUGGUUUGAGGAGAGGCUACAGCAAUGCAGUCCCACCCACUAGUGUGGCCACAGUGAUCCCCCAGCAGCAACAGACCACCCAGAGCCAACCAGCAAGGACGGAAAGAGGUGCAGCUGGAUCGACAGCAGCAGCCGGAGUCCCAAAAGGAGGUGUGCGAAGAGGCAAGGGACCACUAGUCAAGCAGUCCAAGGUAGAAGACCUCCGUUCUGGGCAAGGCACGCUAGUAGGGAAAAGUUCUGUGGAGAAAAGCUCUAUCCCUAUCCCUACCAUCAUCGUGAAAGCACCCUCCACAAGCAGCAGUGGACGCAGUAGCCAAGGAAGCAGUGUGGAAGCAGAGCCUCCACCUAGUAGUGAAAGUGAAAUUUCCAAACCUCCACCUGGAGCACCACCACCUGCCCCUACAAUGCCCCCUCCUGCGCCACCCUCCAUCCCUGCACCUCCACCCCCUUCACUUCCUCCUUUGCGGGCCCAAGAGAGCCUAGACUUUACCAGCCAGUUUGGGGCUGCUAUUGUGGGAGCAGCUCGUAGGGAUCGCGAGCGCUUUCACGAAGCCCGUCGCAAAAGCGCCUCCUUUUUCCUUUCAGCUGAGGAGGAAUUAGCGGGCAGCACUGGAGGACUAGGAGGAGGAACAGGAAGGAGCCAGGUGUCUCAGCAGCCCCAGCAGCAGCAACUUGGCACCCAACCUUCACCACGCCUGAGGCCCUCCAAAUCUAUAGAUGAAGGCAUGUUCUCUGGAGACACCUUCAUUCACCAUGCCCGUAGCAUGCCACCUGCCUUUGGACUGCCUGAGUACUCCACUCAAGCUCCAUCAGGGGACUAUCAGCCCAAGUCUGUUCCUGCUGACUUUUACUUGGCAGGUAGCCGUCAGCAGCCACAACAGCAGCAGCAGCCUCCUACCACCACUUUCAUCCAUCCCUUAACAGGAAAAGUCCUGGACCCUUCAUCUCCCCUGGGACUUGCUUUGGCUGCUCGGGAGCGUGCCCUGAAGGAUGAUGGGCGCAUGCGCAGGGAGAGGGGUGAGCACCACUUCAGCCGCCAGCUAUCCAGUGUGGGAGCCUUCCCUCCUUCUCACUCCGUUGCUCCAUCAGCCUCUGUCAGCUCUUCCGCCGCUCAGUCCUCUAGCUCUUCCUCAUACCUCGUCACUUCAUCUUCUUUGGCCGCGACUACGCCUUCCACACGACCUCCAUCACCCAGGAUCCUGAGGGGAACAGGAGGAGGUUGGGGAGACGAUGGAAUGGCAGGGGAACGAAGUGAGAGGGAAGCACCUGGAGCAGCUCCUUCAUCCCGGGAAGGACUAAGGGUCCGUUUCUCUGAGGAUAAAACUGUCCACACACACCACUACCAAUCUCAGCACUACCAACCCACCCAGAAAGAACGGGAAAGGGAACGACAGAGGGAACGUUCACGGGAAAGGGAGAGGGAGAGAGAGAGGGAACGUGAGAUGGAAAGAGUUCAGAGUCAGCAGCAGCCACAGCCAUCUGCACAGCCAACUACUCAACAGCCUCGGAGACCAUCCUUUUUGAGAAUGGAAAGUGAGGCUGGAGCAUAUAUUCUGUCCCUGACUCCCCCUUCACCUCCAGCCACUGCUGCACCCACACACCCAGGAGGGGGAGGGACUGGGGGAGAAGGAUCCAGUGGUGGUGGGAGUCUCAUGGUCCUCCCUCCUCCUGCACCAUCAGUAGAUGCAGAUGAUGAGUUUGUGUUUGCCGAUCCUUUACCACCUCCCCUGGAGUUUGCUAACAGUUUUGACAGAGGAGCAGGUUAUUCCGGGAUGAUGGCUAACAAUGUGGCGAUUAGGCAGCAGCAACAGCAUCGUCACCCCCCUCCACCUCCACCACCUCCUCCUCCACCCCCCCAAAAAGACACUUUCAUAACCGGCUUCCCCGCCCACACACCACUGCCCUCUCCACAGGCCGGCGACUCUACCGCCUCCAGUCUUACUUCCUAUGACAGUGAAGUGGCAAAUCUGACUCAGUCUGCCCCUUCACCAUCUCCAUCCUCUCCCAACCCUCCUCCACCAGCUUCGCCUUCCAGAUUGCAACCUUCUGGCCCUCCUCCCCCUCCUUCUGUGUCUCCUCCUCCUCCACCUACCUCAUACCAUAGACCCUUCAGCUUAGCCCAGUCUCAUCAUCUCUACAACAGCGCUCCCACAACAGGUCGUGCUUCUUCCCCCACACCUCCACCUGUCUCAAUCCCAGCUCCCCCUGCAUACCGAGGACCUCCUGCUGCUCCUUCAACGGCUGCCACGUCUGCCCCUUUGAGGGGCACCUUUACCCUGUCCACGACCGCAACCUGUGCUACAGCUACAACCACCACUGCUAGUAUUGCUGCUAGCACUGCUACUGGCAUUGCCAGUAACAUUGGUAUGACCCCUUACACCCAGCGCAUUGCAACUGUUUCCACAGUGGCUACAGGAAGUGGUAGUAGGCGGGCUAGUGCAGAGCACCACCCACCACCAACCUCAGUGUCAGGCAAGAGUGGGGAAUCCCAGGAAACUGUGGUGGAUUCUGGAAUCGAGGAGCUGGACAGUCGUAGCAGCAGUGAUCAUCAUCUGGACAACAUCCUUGCUCUCAGUGGAAGGGAGAGGUUGGAGAGAAUGGGCAUGGGAAGUUUGGGUGGAAGCGGAGAGAGAGUGGGAGGAAUGGUGGAGAGUGACAGGUUAAGUGGAGCAGACUUCUUGGAGUCCUACAUGAGUUACCUGGAUGGACAGACUUUUGAAAUGCACAAUGCCAAAGCAGCCAGCCCCGCAUCCACAUACCCGAAAACGCAGCGGUUUAGAGAGGGCAGCCGGGCCGGUGACCUCAGAAGGCAGACAAGCACGGCUCCUCCAGCAUACCACAGGCGACGAGAGGAAGAAGAACCUGAAGAAGAGGAGCCAGAGGAAGGAGAGGAAGAAGACGUGAGCACCCGGGAUGGAUAUGGGAUUAGGGAAGGACAAGGCUUGGCACGCUCAUCUGUAAUGUACUUUGAUCGCCCCCGUACCCCUGAGAUGAAGCCUCUUUGGGGUGAAGGGUCAGGGGGGGCAGGGCAGGGCAUUGGGGACAGUGGAACUCAGGCUGGAGGAACGUACAUGGAAGGACGUAAACUCCAUCCUCCCAUGUCCGGCAUGAAGGCAAGCAUCAUUAGUGAACUGAACACCAAGUUACAGCAGAGAAGCAAAGGAAUAGAGAGCUGGGGAUCACAGCGAUCACUGAGCAGACACAGGUUCUCAGAGGACUCCACAGGUGCCUUGAGUCCGCCAUCGGUCCGCUCGCCUUCUCCAUCUCCUCUUUCUCAGCCUAAUCUGUCUCCCUCUCCCACCGCCUCCUCCCAACCUCCUCUCUAUCCGCACUGGGCUCGUUCGCCAUCUCCUCAGCCUCCAGCUGCCACGUCUCAGCCACCUCCAGCCCGCUCCCACUCUCCAGUCUCCCCUUCCUCUGCUUAUGCCCCAUAUCCCACCUCUCCCAAACACAGGCCUGUGUAUCGCACCAAAGCUUUGGAAUUUCAGUUCAUCCCAAGCCGGGAGUCCCGCAAGGCAGAGUCCCAUCACUCGCAGCGCCGCAGAGCACCAAGUCCACUUAUUUCUCCCUCAGAUCGGCCCAAACUUGGUCCGCCACGGCCAUCUUCCCUUCCUAUCCUUCCCACCACACCCCUCUACAGCAGCCUCUAUGACCUCCGGGGCUCCAUUACCCCUCCGUCGCCCGCAAACCCUCUGGGUGACCCCUAUUUCUCCCCUUCUCCACCUCUGUUUGCCCCUUCUGGUGCACCACCACCUCCAAAUUCAUCUUUGGUUGUGUCUCGCUCCCUCUCGCCCACCCAUUUUCUCUCUGGGACAUCCUCCCCACCCCUCCACUCAAUAGCUCCACCCACAUGCCUCAGUUACCCCCACUUGCCCCCUCCAUCGCCCUCCAAACCCUUUGCAUCCAAGCCCUUGCCCUACUGGACCAAGUACGACGUGGCUGACUGGCUGGCCUAUCUGAACCUGGCCGAGCACAGGGAGCGCUUCCUUGACAACGAAAUCGAUGGCACGCACCUUCCUUCCCUUACCAAGGAGGACUACCUGGACCUGGGCGUGACCCGGGUGGGCCACCGCAUGAAUAUAGAGAGAGCGCUCAGGAGGGUGAUGGACAGGCUAUCUAGCUCUUUUCCCAUUUCGGCUCUCUCCCCUCGGGAUGGACGGACAGAGAGGACAAGGGAUGAGGGCCCCCGGCGCUGAGAGAGAAAGAGUGGGAGUGAGAAAGAGUGAGAAAGAGAGGAAGAGAAAACGUUGGGGGAACACUUGAGGAAGCUCAAGCAAGCGUCUGCUGCUGCUAGCCAAGGCUGACCCAUUCCUGGAUUAAUGAAAGCCAAGAGGAACACCACACCAUCAUCCACCAGGGAAGAAAAAGAGGGAAAGAAAUGAGGGAAAUAUCACCACCCCCGCCCAGGGUCAUCGAUUUUCCGGACCACAAUCCAGACACACCUCACACUUCACCCGCAGAUAUAGACACAUGGUACACUCACACCCUGUACAUACACUAAUCAAAGCAAGGCCUGAUGUGAUUAAUACAGAAACAGGGAAUACUAACAACUCAGAAACGUGACAGUAACAUAACUGAGCCAAAUAUUUUGAGAGAAACAAUCGAAUGCUCUGUUACGUUCUUCGGUUUUAUUCAUUUAGAUUUUUGAUUUGUAACUCUUAUCUGUUUUGUGAGUCUUGGGAAAAUGGAAUGGAUAGAAAGAGCGAUAGCGAGUCCUUGAGUGGAGUCUUUUUUUCUUGUUUAUUCUCGGCCUUCAAGUUCGGUCCGCGUCGCUGACGACUUUAUGCCUUAUUCUCCCCUGUCCCAGCGGAUUUGGUUUGGUUGAAUUUUGCCUUUGACCAAAAAUCCAGCUGAGAGGCGAGAAUCCGCCCGACUUCUGGCGCAGCCUUCUCAGACGCUGCUCGAUUGGUAGAUUCCCAAUUGACGAGAGAAAGAAGCUGAUUGGUGGAGGCCAAACAUAGGGAAUAAUGACAUGACUGGUUUUCCUACUGCAAGUCAUAAACAGCCGUGGCCAGUUUACUGCCUGAUAUAUACUUGCUGAGCGUGUCGAUGUGUGAACCCCUCUUUUGAAUGCGUUUGGUGAGUGUGUGUCUGCGUGUGUGUGUGUGUGUGUGUCUGCGCGUGUGAACGCGUGUGAUGUUUGUAGAGGUGUGAAUGUGUUCAGUUUUUCAGUUUUUACCUCUGUUUGGCUUUGUGCCAAACCUCUUUGCUUUGGUCUUGUGCUGACGUUGUAUUUCACUAGAACUUCUUUACCUUCUCAUGUCAUGAACUGACAUAUACGUAAAUAUAUAUAUAUUAUAUAUUAUAUAUAAAUAUAUAUAUAUCUCUAUACAGACUGGUCACUGUAUUACACACCCGUAGCAAAAAAUAAGUGCCCAGACCAACUGAAUAGACACACACACACACACACACAUACACCCUCUAUACACUUGCAAACACACACACAUAUACACACAUACAUGCACGCACGCAUAUCUACAGACACACCUACAAAUAUGAACACACAGCUUUUAUUUAUAUUAGAAAUAUGGGACACCUAAAUAUAUAUCUAUGUAUGGAUCAAAGCUGAAUGACAAUUAACAAAAAAGUGCAAAAAAAAAACGUCUAGAAGGAAGAUACCAACAAAAAAGAAACGCUGAAAAAUUGAUCAAUGUUUUUACUACGACAGACUCUCACAGCGUACAAGUGACUGCUCUACCAUACAGAGGUUCAGGAAAGAGAGGGAGGCCAAAAUCUCUCUUUUCAAACCACUCCCCUUCCACUCUUCCUCCUUCCAAAAAAGCACUCUUUCCAAGGAGGCGACGCAAUGAGGAACGUGCAUCCAGACGCCCUGGGUCCACAGGAAUACAUGCUUAUAUGUUUUAAUAUGACGAUUGUUCUUAUAACGAGUUUUUAAACUUUAAAUGGAUCUGGAAUACUCCUAUUGUUAUAAAAAAAGAGAGAUUUAUUGUUAUUUAGUGCAGUCAUUCUCCUCAGUGUCCUUCCUGUUAUCCAUGUGAGGUUUUGGGUUACUGCAUCACAGCUUUUCUGUUUCAGUGGUGAAGGUUUGCAGGCUUUCGGUCUGUUUCUUUUUGUCUCUUUUGGACUCGAGGCCUCUGUGACUUACUGUUUGGAAACUUUACAUUCUGCUCCCCUUUACCACGCAGUCAAACCGAAAAUGAACAAAAAAAAUGCCGCUAUAUGCAAUGACUAUCAGUGAAACCACUUCUUUAAAUGUGAAAAACACCUGUACUGUCCCACGUGGAACUCUACUUUUGCACCAGGUGUGUGGUAAGACGAAGCUGGCCACUCUCAGCCCUCAGUCCUCCCAUCAUGCAGUUGCUCCAUCAGUGAAAAAAGGGCUUUUCCAUCCCUUCUCCUUUCCUCUGACCAGUUAGCAAACUUGUCCCCCUUUUUCUUUGGUCUUCAUUUCCAGGGGUUUGUUCCAAAGUUUGGGGAAGAGUUCUCCUCAUCCAUUUAUUUUCCUACAGAGAUAAAGAAACGUGAAAGAGAAAGAGAGAGAGCGAGAGAGAGAGAAAUUUAUUCAUCAGACAAAAAAAAAAAAAAAACCCUAAGCAGCCGCUAUGUUGAACAAAAAGCUGGAAGGAGAUGCUGGUGGUGGUGUUGUUUGCCGAUAACAGUAAGGACAAUGAAACACAUGAUCAUCCUAAAUAUGGUUUGAGAUGUAAAGAAAAAGAAGUCCACCUUCUAAAGAAUCUCUGUCUUCCAAAUAAUGUUUAACAUGAAAAAAAAAGAUCUUUGUUAUUUAUGCCCAAUGCUUUCUACACAUCCUGUCACAGUCCUCGUGUCUGUCUCGCUGGGAUCAUACUGUACUUUUGCCACGCGGUCUGAGGUUUGGUAGCUACAGUGUCUUCUUGCACUUUUGCAGCGGUGGUUCUCACAAUAGACUGGACAGCAGAAGGCCUGUUACACACUUGAGUUCACACUUGAGGUUGUGUUUGUGUGCGCUCAUAUCGUUGUUGUGAUGCAAAAACCUUGUGUCCAAAAUGGCAAAUUGGACACAAGAGAAGUUUUUUCCAUUUUUAAUGGAAGUCAGUGUAAAAAUAUUUUAUUUUAUUUUAUUUUAUUGUCAUUUUGGAGCAUUUUUAUUGAUCAAUUCAAAGGUUUUUGCAUGGCAGUAGAUUUUUCAGUAGACUUUUUCAAAUAAUACAUCUUGGAAAUGAUAUUGGGCCCUAUGGUGACAUUUUAACGUGUUUUUUUUUUCUUUGUAAAUUUGUCAACAGCCUUUACUUUCAUAUGGUUUCAUUGUCACUUCACUUAAAUUCUCCCAAUAUCCCAAACAGUACAAAAAAAUAGUCCUGCCAACUUAAAGUAAUAAAGUAUUUGAUAACAGAGUUUUCUUUUUAUUAUUAUUAUUAUUAACCAGACUUAAUAGUUAGUUAAUCUAACGUUCUUCUAACUCACAUGUUUAUCUUAGGCAUCUCAGUUUGGUCAACAAUACAAUUUGAGUAUUGCCUCAAGCCCAUUGGAACAUGAACUGUAGCUGAAACUCAUGAUAUCUGUCUAAGAUGUUUAGUCUGUCUUCUAGGGCCACUCUAGAGCUGUGAAUUGUCCCUAAAUAAACUUUUUCUAUUCUUUUACCACAUAAAUGUAUAUCAUUUCACAGCUCAGAGAGAGUCAGGAGAUCAUACAUGUUAAACCUAAUAAACAGUAAACAAACUGGGGAAAAGUGGGAGGUAAUACAUAUCUAAACAUCUUAUCUUACACAGUGUUUAAAAGAAAAAUCUGGUGUGAAAUGGACUUGGGAUGUAGUGAAACCAUAGACUGUAUACAAGUAUGGACAGGAUGACAGCGAACAGUUGAAAAGUGAAGCCACUACAUCUCUUACGCCCUCUGGUGGCUGGCUCCAGUACAACUCAUAACCCCACCUAUUUCUAUGCAUUUGAAUUAGAGAUUACAGAAUUUUU